AUGAAGAAAGGCUUUUUUUCCAGGGUGCACUACAGUAAUUGCGUUCACCACAAGUUUAAAAGAAGCAAGGAAUGUUAUUACAGCAAAGGUGCGGGUAAAUUAUUAAAGAAUCUGAAUUAUUAUUCAAGAAAGGAAAAGAAAGAAAUUUUAAAAAAAAUUCAUGAAAAUAUUAUUCUUAAAAAAAAUAAUUUGAAAGAAAAACUGACCCAAUUCUAUAUAAACGAUAAAGAUGUGAAGGACAUUUUCGAGAAGGAAAGAAUUUCUAAUGAGGAUGAUAAAUUAGUGAUAAUUAAGCAGGUGGAAAGUAACGAAGAAGCGCUCAUAAAUAAGUUUAACAAUUUCUACGAUUUGCUUCAUUUUUCAUUACAAAAUUUAGAGAGACAAGGGGGGCAAUUCUCAAACAACAGGAGGACAUUUAAACUGAAUGAUAUGACCAACUGCGUAAGUAGCAAUGUAUUUGAGAUGCACGAAUGUGUUACAACCAAUUUGGACUUGAUAAAAAAGUUUUUGGUUUUCAUUGAUAAGAAUUUAGACGCAUAUGAAAGAACAUCCUGUUGGUUUAAAAUCUGUUUCUGCCUCAACAAAUUUGUAAUAUAUUUUUUUAAUUAUUCCUUCCCAUUCGUUGAAUUUUUUGAUUCGAAGCUCUUGUUCAAGUAUUCUUAUUUGUUUAUAAAGUUAAGCCUUUUGGAGAAUUCUGCUUUUGUUUCUAAACAGAAUGAGAAAAGGACAGAAAAUAUUUACACCGUAAAUAUAUCAAAUGAGGAAAUCUUUGAUUUGGUAAAAAAUAACAAUAAAAAUGUUAUCAGGUUGUUGUUACUGUUGAGUGAGCGGAAGAGCCACGUGGACCUACUGGACCUUUCGGAGGUGUACUUGCUAUAUGUGAAGAAGACGAAAAUUAGAGAAUGGAUUGAAAAUGUGAAUUCUUAUCUUGUAGAAAGUGUGAUGGGAAAUCGAGGGGGAUCGAGGCAAAUGUCCACGUUCGUAGAAGAACCCAGUUAUGAGAGUAAAGAAGUACUAGAACGGUCGUAUGAAGAAAUGUUCUGUGAAAAGGAUAACAGAACAAAUUACCAUGGCUACUUCAUUUGCCUCUAUUUCAAUCUUCUUUACUUAGUAAACAAAUUGGUGAGUAAUUAUGUUUCAUUCGUGCCCUAUAUGAAUGAUAACAUACUUCCCCUUCUGGAUUGUAUAGGAUUAUUAUGUGAGGGCAUUUUAGAAGAGGACCAUUUGAGCGAAAGGAAAAUAAAAAAUUGGACUCUCCUUCUGAGCAGAAGGGAGGUAGAAAAAUACGUAAUAAAGGAUAUAAUAGCAGAUGCUCCAUUAUCCAGGAACAUACACUUGAGUGAAUAUGGUAUUGGGGGAAGGGUGGCACCGGUUAGUGGUAAGGUUGAAGAAAUGCAUUUCCCAUAUGACGGGUUAAGUUACACCAAAAAUGGGAACAUGUUAGUGUGUGAAGAUGACAGAAGAGGGACAAAUGGGCUUACGCACGAUGUGGAAGAAGAUUCACUGCUGAGGAGGAGCCUCCUCCAUGAGGAAUGUUUCCUAAAAUUGCACGAAAAGACAAAGCAUAUUUUGAAACUCCUUUUUGAAAACAUGACACAUUUGUUCAUCCUAAGCGACUGUGAAGGAAUCUUAAAAUUUUUGCAAACGGUGUACCUAACGAGAUAUAUGAAUAUGUGGAGCACAAAUAUUUUGUUCUAUAGCAUAUGGCUGAAUGCAGAAUUUUUAGAAAUGUAUCAAGUGAAGAAUGUGUUGUUUUUUCUUUCCCUGUUUAAGAGCAACUUUAUUUUAAAGAACAUGGAUUUGGGAAAUUCUAUUUACAGUUGGUACAAUAAAAAGUUAAUAUUUUAUCUCAGAAAAAAGAUAGAAAUUUAUUUCGAAAAUAACACAUUGGAAAGUAGCAUCAAGAGCGUGUUCAUAUUGUCCGAUUUAUUGAGUCACAACAAAGUGAUAAAAAAAAUUUUACUAAAAAAAUUACUUCUGUUAAAUUUUAAUAAUAUACAGCCAAGUCUUUUUUGUCAAAUUUUUUUCUUACUAAAUAAGCUAAGAUUUGAUGCAAGCAAUACGUUAUUUUGUGAAUUGUUUUUGAAACAUUACAAGAGGGUUAUUCACUCCUUGACGUGUGUAGAAACAUUAGACCUGAUUAAAAAUGCGGAGUACUUAAUAAGUAGGAAGAAAAGGAAAAUAUUCGUCGUUCUGAUUUUGUAUUUUUUUAAGAAGCUUGAGCAAAGCGCGGCUGUGGGAUGUACCUCCCCCCCACUUCUCAACGUUAGUUACAUUUUUAAGCUAAUUAACAUUAUAAACAAGUUUAAAUUGUUUGAAUUUUGCAGAAAGGAUUAUUUUCUGCCAAUUUAUCGAUUUAUUUUUUUCGCAAAGGAAGGGGGAAAUGGAGUAGGGGAAAGAGCAGCGUGGGUUUCAUCCGAUAGUUCCAAUUUUAUGGACACAUCCAAAUGUAACCAUUAUUCUUUUUUAAUAAAAAAUAACCAGACGAUAUUACUUGAUGUGAGGGAAAUGGAGACAAGGGAAAAAGGGAAAGAUAUUCCACUGUUGAAGGAACAUAAUGGAUGUAAAGAUUCAUAUAAGGAUUUGCCGAAUGAGAAGGAUAUAAAAUUCGAAGUCAGUAAGCUAAAUGAGCAAAGGAACUUAAUGUGCACAAAACACUUAAGGGUAAAAUUGGAAGUAUUAACAACGAGCGAAAUAUUAGAUUUGAUCUUCUUCAGCAUAAACAUAAGGAAGAAUAUUUACCUCAUUGGUGAGCUUCAUACAGAACUAUUUUAUAGGAUCCUCCGAAGUGCGAAUUUUUCUAAAAAGCAAAUAGUCCUAUGUUUUAGAAGCAUAUGGAUGUCGAGAGUUUUUCACCUCAACUUUUUUGAGGCCCUAACGGACAUGGUAACGAACAACAUAAAAAUGGUUAGCAACUCCAUUUUCGCGUUGGACAUAUUACUAUGCUUGUGUUCUUAUAAGCACAGGAACAUAUACGACUCUUUGGUAGUUUCGCUUUUUGACAUGUGCUUGGACGAUAUUGAUAAAAUUUUAAAAAAUAUGAAAACACAAGUUCUUUUCUAUUCCUGUGUUAUAUUCUUGGAAGUGUACUACCCUUUGCUAUUUUUGAAAAUCAUAAGAAGAGGGAAAAACCUUUUUCGAAAAAACAGAAAAAACAGUUCAGAACAGCGGCACGGAGUUGGGGUAGACUUAAAUGGAAACCUCCCCAAUGUGAAACCCUUCAAAGGGAAUCAGAAGAAUGGAGUUCCUUGGAGGCAUGUUGGUGACACCCUGGAGGAGCAUACAAUACAAACGAACGUAAAAAGGAAUGAUGCACAGAGUGGGUUACUGAUCGAUAUACCCAGUGAUGCGGUGAACAACAUCAUAAGGGAUCCUGUUGGAAGGGGUGAAGGGGAAGGUGAUCUGAUAAUGACGAUGCGGAAAGAAACAGACAUUUGUUUGGAGGACAGUGGAGAUUCCGAGCACCCCGCUGAUGUGCUAAAACAUUUGAAGCAAGUUUUCCUUUUGCAGCAAAAAAAACAUGCCUAUAGUUAUGACUUAAUUAACUUUUGCGAAACAUUGCACAAAUUAAAGAUAACCAAGAUUAAGGUUAAUAAUAUCCCCAAUGUUUUUUUUAAAAAUCACGAAAUUGAUGAUUUGCUUGUGUUGAAUGUAUUUUAUCCGGCUUUAAAGUUCUGCAUCAUUUUUACAAGAGGUGAGAAGGCAUCAAAAAGCUUGAAGAAAAUUAUUCAUGCUUCGAAAAUUUGUAAAACGUCAGAAGUACAUAAUGUUAAUAAAGGCGCUGUGGACAUUUCACUCACUGAAGAAAAGAACCUUUCUGAGGGAACAUUCAAUUUGCACAGAACGCAGCGCUGUAAUGGGGAGAGUGUAAAUAAUGCCGAUGGUGUUGAUAAGGACAACGAGCUUAGUAGUCGUUCUCACAACUGUCGCGAGAACGAUGUGGACAUUCUCGCGCAAAAACUAUAUUUACUUAAAAAGCACAGAAUAAAUACCAUGGUAAUACCCAUAGAGAAGGUCGACUUGUUUUUUAAAGUAAACCUUGUGGAGGAACAGAAUGCCAUCAUAAACGAAUCGAACAUGAUAUUUGAAAAGGUGUAUCAACAAAUUUUAGCUAGUAAGAGGAAGGACAUUUUAGCCGAUCGUAACAUCUUAGCAUCACUCAUGAGGAAGCAGUUGCAGUAUAUUUUCCAGUUAAGUUAA